AUGGCGAGCUACACCUGUUGCUUCUGCGACUUCAAGAACACAGUGCUGGAGAGGAUGAUAUGCGUCGUCAUCGCCAUGCUGGUUGCAAAAGGGCGAAAAGUCAGCACCUCGUUCUCCUUGGGACCAACGGCUACAACAGUUCCCGCUGAUUUCAACGACUUCCUGAACGACUGCCGUCUCAAGGACGUCCACAGCUACAUCUCCCAACACCUGCAGACGGACGAGUCGUUCCGUGAUGAGUGCAGCAGCGCGGUGGACCAUUUGGCCGACUUCUUCAAAAGACGCCCAUUGUUCACCGUUUGCAGGUUUAUCAAGGGUGGAUCACUUGGGAAGGGCACUGCCAUUAAGUCCAAGUCUGACAUCGACUGUGUGAUGUUCAUUGAUGAGCUACCACAAAUUGACGACAGUGGCUACUCCAGGGCCCUAAAGCGCUAUCUUGAUCAGAUGGAAGAGACCCUCCGUAUGUCAAGGAGAAGCAUCGCCUACGACUUUGUUGUGGAGGACCGAACCAAACACGCGGUAAAACUGAGCAUGCAGACCCAGAAGAAGGAUCACGAGUCACAUGACGUGGACCUACUGCUGGCCAAAGAUAUACUGGGGCCUCAACCUACCGGUUACAAGAAGGCAGAGGUGUACGCCAUGAUGGGCAGAAUGACCCCCAGUGGCAGGGAGAACUGUUCCGCAGCGCUGGUGGAGCUGCAGCGGGAUUUUGUGAAACAUCAGUCCACCACAGACGUGAAGAACCUCAUUUUGCUGGUCAAGAUGUGGAAGAAAUCUUCUGUAGCGGUGACCACCCUCAAGUCCUACCAACUGGAGCUGCUAUGCAUCCACGUCUGGAAUUCCCUACCGAUCUACUGCAGGCAUGUGGCCACUGCGUUCGGGGCCGUGUUGAGGAAGCUGUGUGACUACAACAGCAUCUGUGCCUGCUGGACCGACAACUACUCCAUUGAUCGAGUGCCAAGGGACAUUGCCAUUGCACGGCCCCUGAUCCUGGACCCCGCCAACCCCUACAACAACGUGGCUGACGUUUGUAAGAACUGGCCUGAAGUAGCUGCGGCCGCCAAGAGGACGCUGCAGAAACAAUUCUUCAAGUGAAAAAGUCGUCCUUUCGUGGGGCACCCAACACUUUAUAUGUAAUAUCUGGUUUACAUGAAAUAUUUCAGACGUCAGAAAUUAGUAUGAUCACUCGAAGCUGUACCUCUUCAAUAUCUACCCCUUUAAAACGAUUCAAACUAUGGUACUUGCAUGUAUUUGUCCCUAUAGUGAUUCGAUAAAAUUAUCUAGUCUCGCAGUUACUGUUUUUUAUUCGCUUAAUGGACGAGUGUAAAACGUUAAAUUACAAUGGUGUAUGUUCAAGAGAUUGU